AUGUCAUCUGUGUCCAACUCACAGCAGCUCGUGGUUCUCGUCUCGGGUGGAGGCCCAGUGGGUUCGACAUUUGCACUCGUUCUGGCGACGAUGAUGCGAAGUCAUGCAAAGAUUUACAUUUACGAAGGCCGUUGGUUUGUGGAUCAAGACGACAGAACAAAGUGGCAAGGUGAAGGUCAAGGUCGAAUUCGACGAGAUCAAGUUGUCACCCUACAAGAUCAUGUCAUCCAUCAAAUGCCCACAUUCAUUCAGAAAGGUCUCUUUUCCAACCUCAAUGAGCGUGUAUGGCCGACGUCAAGAAAUAUUCCCAUCCGCGAAGUUGAAGAUCGUCUUUUGGCACUCCUAGAACCAUUUGUCGAAAGUGGACAAAUCGAGUUGGUACCCGAAAAUUUGAAUGAACGAACUGAUCGGCUCGUGAACGGUGAGUUGUUAUUUUUUGUUUUCUCAAUCAAGUAUUCUAAAGAAGAUAUGGUCCCAAAUAACAGAAUAAUUUGCACCGACAAAAACAUUUUUAUUUGCGACGUUUCGUGAAUAUCGAUUGACAUCAUCAGUCAAAGAUAAAAGUAACAACACAGAAACACGUGUUGAAAAGCAUAAGCAAACAACUUUCUGCAGAACGAGCAAUAAAAUAAACCGUAUAUAAAAAUUUUUUUUUUUCGAUGCAUAUUAUUCUCUUAUUUUGUAUUAAAUGUAUUCACCACGUUAUCACAAAAACGUUAUGAAUCAAGAUAGGGUAUUUCCAUGAGAAGAGUACCGCUGUUACAUCGACGAUCUACAAAUCGCUCGAAGCUUUUAGGGCUCAUAGAGCUCAGUGCGCUGAUGAUUUUGGUACUAAAAUAUGUGGCACUUGAACGCAUUUUCGGGUCACAAUAGCUAGGAUACGAACGCUAGAUUUUGAAAAAAUGUACCAGAAAAUAGUCAGUCAUUUUUCUUGCAUGCGCGUUUUCUUCUUCAUUUGUCCAUCGACUUAACAAACCAAAUACAUAUUCACACAUAGCCCAAGGUUCGCUCUGUCAGACCACAUAUAACUCAAAACUGUUCAGAGCCCCAAGAGUGGAAUGCACCGAGUGACAUUUCACAAACUUGAUAAAGUUUGAAGUUGAGUGGAGAUCGCUCAGAAUAAAGCACUCAUGGCAGCUCUCAGACCGUCUCAUUCCACUUCAGCUAUCUAUGUUCACAGACUGACCAAUAUUCCAUAUAUUCGACUAUAUGCCACUGAACUUGCUGGAAGAGCACUCAUUCGGAGUCGAGCGACAGAAGACGAAGUGACUGAACAGAGCAUCACCCGAUUACUCCAUCGAUGAAACAGACGAAUCAAAUCCAUCUUUAGUUUUAGCUUAAAAGCACAAGACUGUUGUGUCACGUGCUUUUUAUAUUUACUUCAAGAUUAAUAAACCUACUGACACCUCAUUUCACAAACUGCGUCUCCUAAUAGUAAGCCUUCUUCGAAUUCACGCAUACUGUUGCAUAGUAGAUUUUGUGGAGCGACAUUUACGCUACCUCGUGGACUAUCAAGCUUUUCACUCGGUAUCGAUGAUGGUUAGUAGCAGAGAAUUUUUUCUGACGAUGUUUCCAAUGUAAGGGUAUUUUGCAUCCCAUUCUAGGUUUUCUCGGGAGCAGCUCAUCAAAACUUUCAGAAAAUUUCGGCUCAGACAAAUCUUGAAGAGUAUAGCAAAAUUGGUGCUAGCUUCAAGAUUCUAGCAUGGAUCAUAUUAGUUUUCAUUUGAAAACAAAUGUGGUGUCACUAAGUCAAGGGUUUCAUAAUAUCGAUUUUUUGUGUCUUAUGAUGGGUGAGAGUCGGUGAAGAUGAAAUUUUCUGUAUCUUGACAUGGUGCCUCCACAUCCUUUUGUAAAUGACAACUUAUAUGACCAAUCGACUCAGCAUGGUCGCAAACCUCAGUCUUGGCCGGUUUUAGAGUACGCCAAUGUCAAAGGGUCGAUUUCGAGGCUCCCAUGAAUAUGCUGAUAAUUCAUGAACGACGCAAACUACGGAGUUGCACUGUGCGUAGAGCAAAAGUGCUUCAUUUUCUCUACCGACUCACCAUCUUUGGAUCUAAAAGCGAACAAGACACCGUAUUUGGGCACUGUGCCCAAAAUGCCCUGCAAAAAUUACCAGCGUAACUACUAGUUGAUAAAUUGAAUUCCAUAUAGACCACCAUUCCUCACAUUUCUCUUUUCAAUGAUGAAAACCAUAGGUCUAAAUGUUGUACUUAUCAAAAAUUAUUCAAAAAUUAGUGGCUGGCUUUUAAAUAAAAUCCAACAUUAGAAGUACGAACAGCUCUAAUGCCGUAGAAACAUUUUCCUCUUUCUUCACAGAUUAUUUAGACGCCAAGACUGAGCUGAACUUAUAUGAGCUCACAACCGCUAGAAUAUAAGUAAAUGAGAAUACAUCUAUUUGUAAUUAUGCCUUGAAUGCAAACUCACCGCUUUUAAAAAAAACCUUAGGAAAUGUUUCGUUAGAAAGAAAGGCUGGCUUUUAAUAAACUCUUUGUUUCAAGUAUUUGGCAUCAGUAAUGGAUAUUUUUCACCCAAAUUUUCAGCAAAAGUAAGGUGCCGCUAAAGCAGAAUUGGAGUAAAUUUUCUUUUUCGUUUAUUUGUAUAUGGUUUGAUAGAGCUUGAAAAGCUGAUCACGAAUACAUACUUUUUAUUUCGAUUUAGUUACUGUUUGGCUGAGAAAAUCUUAAAAUACUAGAACGCCUGAAAAAAUGCUGUUUUUAUGUUAAAAUUUUGUUUUUUACGAAAACCAGCAAAUUUCUUUUUUAGUUAUUUUCUGAUCAUUUUUAAAGUACUAUAUUCUGAAUCAGCAUGAAAAACUGAAUAGGAAAUUGUUAUUUGGUUAGAUAUAGACCUAAAAAAGAAAAAAAUUUCUUAUCUCAUAUAAA